AUGAGAAGAACAUGUCCCUUAAUUAACGUAGUGGAUGUUUCAGCCUCUGUCCUAAUCAAAUCCACAUAUUUACUCUUACUUGUGUUUUGGCUUGAACUCACAUUUAAUGCGUCUUAUUAUUACAAUACAAAGAUGUGUAAACAAUUUGAAAGAGUUGCUCGAAGACUUUAUUGGGCGUUUAUCGGUGUAUAUUUCUUUGGAGCUAGUAUAGGAUUUUUAGCAUUUACAAUAUCACGUUCGAAUGUUUCCUAUUUCUUGACAUCCAUUACGUUAAUAUUUGACAUUUCCAUUCCAAUACUUUUCAUUAUUUUUGGAGGCGUGCUAAGAAGACUCACAACACGCUCGACCGUUUCAUUUCCUGUUCUCAUUCAAAAACAUUUGAAACGAGUUUCCAUUAUUAGUAUCAUUUUAGGAUGUUAUUUGUUACUACUUCCAAUGGUGAGAAUUUCUGUAUUGAUAUUGAAGAAUUUUGUCUAUGCAUCGAGUGGAUACAAUGCAAUCUCCUCCAUUAUUGAAGUGACUGUUUCCAUCUUGUUCUUUUUCAUUCCUUCUGUGGUGACGUUUGGAAUCAUCAUUGCACCUACAAGUAUUAGUUUUCUUCACAAUGCCAUUACUGAUAGAAAUGCAAAAGCUGGAGCUUUUAAAAUGAAAUGGAAAGAAUUUGAAAAGAACACGGAUGGAGCACAUGACGAGACGUCUCCAUCCAUGUUUUAUCAUGAUCAUUCUGUGUUUGAUGGUGAUACAAAAGACCAUAUUCAAUUACAAUCUGGUGACACGAGUGUGUAUCGAGAUGUUUCACUUGGCAAUACUCCACCAAAUCCUUAUACAAGUUAUUGA